AUGGUUACCGGCGUGUUGAUUAUGGUGAAUUUCGGCAAUUCGAUCAUCCUAUCAUUGGAGGCAUUUGGGCCCGAUUCAGCCUUAUCAUUUACGAUUUUUGUGCUGAACACUAUUAUCGUAGCACUGGCAAUGUAUGGAAUUUUCGCAUUCAAGCCAAUAUUUCUCACACCAAAU